AUGCGUCCGAGUAGCCGCAGCGACUUUAGGUGUUUCACUCGCGAAGCACAUGGACCAACAGGCCGAAUGCCGUCUUCUCAAGGAAUCUUUUCACCUAGAAACUCCCCCAUUGCUUGGGGAAAUAUAGAGAAUAUCAACUACAACACAUUUAACCUUGGAAGCAACCAAAGAGACGACCCGUCUAGAGCAUAUGCCGCGAAUCACAAAGAUACGGACAGAAGUCGUCAUUUUAUGGUUCCCUUUGGAAAAAAUCGUCGUUUCGUGGGCCGCCAGGAAGAAAUCCGUGAAUUAGAAGAUUUGAUUUCGAAGUCUGACGGACCAAAAACGGUCGCUAUUUUUGGAUUAGGAGGAGUGGGAAAGACUCAGGUAGCUCUGGAGCUCGCAUAUCGCACACGAGACAACAAGCCUGACUGCUCGGUCUUCUGGGUCCCAUGCACCAGCUACGGAGCUAUUGAGCAGGCCUGUUUGGAGAUAACUCGGAUAGUGGGGUUACAGGAUGUGAAGCCAACAGAGGCAAUAGAGCAUCUCAAAACGUACUUGAGCCAAACUGACAAGAUGUGGCUCUUGAUUUACGACAGUGCAGAUGAUGCAGAUAUGUGGACUAAAGGUAGUAACAACACUCCACCAUUAAGGGACUUCCUGCCUUUCAACAACCAGGGUCAUGUCAUCUUUACCACCCGCAGCAGAGAGUUAGCUGUGGAUUUGGCAUCCUCUGAUAUAGUACAUGUUCGGGAACUGGACGAAAAGACUGGCAUGGAAUUUCUGGAAAAGUCUCUUUACAAGGGCCUGUGUUGUGAUUCUCAUGUGACAUCUGCCCUGCUUAGCCAGCUUACCUUCCUACCACUGGCUAUCAGUCAAGCUGCUGCAUAUAUCAACAAGAAAGGCAUUGCAGUAUCUGAUUACUUAAAGCUUCUAGAGCAACAGGAGGCAGACGUCGUGGAACUCCUCAGCAAGGAUUUUGGUGAUAACCAUCAGUAUAAGGAUUCACAGAACCCUGUCGCCAAGACAUGGAUUAUCUCCUUCUAUCAGGUGCAGAAGCAGGACCCACUGGCCGCUGAAUAUCUAUCACUGAUGGCAUGUUUCGAUCCACGCAAUAUCCCGCAGUCUUUACUUCCACAGUCCGGAUCUAGACUGAGGAUAACGGAUUCGUUAGGGCUUUUGAGCGCGUAUUCUUUUAUUACUCUCCACGAUGGAAAUGGCUUGAUCAGUCUUCAUCGGCUGAGGGUGGGAAACUGCCUAUACAGCGACGGGAGAUAUAAUGAAGCUGAAGAGCUGCAGGCGCAGAUAAUGGCAACUCGAAAAGAAGUGCUAGGAUCAGAGCACCCUGACACUUUAACUAGCAUGUCCAACCUUGCAUCCAUAUAUCAGAACCAGGGGCCAGGGCAUCCUGAUACCCUGACAAGUAUGGCCAACCUUGCAUCCACAUACCGGAACCAAGGACAGUGGAAGGAAGCCAAAGAGCUGCAGGAGCAGGUAAUGGCAACUCGAAAAGAAGUGCUAGGGUCAGAGCACCUUGACACUUUAACUAGCAUGUCCAACCUUGCAUCCAUAUACUUGAAUCAAGGUUGCUUGAAAGAAGCCGAAGGGCUGGGGGCGCAGGUAUUUGACACCUUUAAAAAAGUCCUAGGGCCAGACCAUCCCUCUACUCUGACCAGUAUGGGCAACCUUGCAUCCAUAUACUUAAGUCAAGGUCGGCGGAAAGAAGCCGAAGAGCUGGGGGUGCAGGUAUUUGACACCUUUAAAAAAGUCCUAGGGCCAGACCAUCCCUCUACUCUGACCGGUAUGGGCAACCUUGCAUCUAUAUACGGGAACCAAGGAAGGUGGAAAGAAGCCGAAGAACUGCAGGAGCAGGUAAUGGCAAUCUCUAAACAAAGGCUAGGGCAAGACCAUCCCUCUACUCUGACCAGUAUGGGCAACCUCGCAUCCACAUACUGGAACCAAGGACGGUUGAAGGAAGCCGAAGAGCUGCAGGAGCAGGUAAUCGCAACCUCUAAACAAAGGCUAGGGCCAGACCAUCCUUCUACUCUGAACAGUAUGGCCAACCUCGCAUCCACAUACUGGAAUCAAGGUCGGUGGCAGGAAGCCGAAGAGCUGGUGGUACAAGUAAUGGCAACACAGCAAGGAGUGCUAGGGUCAGAGCAUCCUGACACUCUGACCAGUAUGGCCAACCUUGCAUCCAUAUAUCAGAUCCAGGGACGGUGGAAGGAAACCGAAGAGCUGGAGGAGCAGGUAAUGGCAACUCGAAAAGAAGUGCUAGGGUCAGAGCAUCAUGAAACUUUGGCUAGCAUGUCCAACCUUGCAUCCAUAUAUCAGAUCCAAGGACGGUGGAAGGAAGCCGAAGAGCUGCAGGAGCAGGUAAUAGCAACUCGAAAAGAAGUGCUAGGUGCAGAGCACCCUGACACUUUAACUAGCAUGUUCAAGCUCGCAUCAAUAUACUGGAACCAAGGACGGUGGAAGGAAGCAGAAGAGCUGCAGGAGCAGGUAAUAGCAACUCGAAAAGAAGUGCUAGGUGCAGAGCACCCUGACACUUUAACUAGCAUGUUCAAGCUCGCAUCAAUAUACUGGAACCAAGGACGGUGGAAGGAAGCAGAAGAGCUGCAGGAGCAGGUAUUGGCAACCUCUAAACAAAGGCUAGGGCCAGAGCAUCCCUUUACUCUGACUAGCAUGUGCAACCUUGCAUCCAUAUACUUGAAUCAAGGUCGAUUGAAGGAAGCCGAAGAGCUGCAGGUACAUGUAAUGGCAACACAGAAAGAAGUGCUAGGGUCAGAGCAAUCUGACACUCUAACCAGUAUGGCCAACCCCGAAUCAACAUACUGGAACCAAGAACAGUGGAAGGAAGCCGAAGAGCUGCAGGAGCAGAUAUUGGCAACCUUCAAACAAAGGCUAGGGCCAGAGCAUCUCUCUACUCUGACCAUUAUGGCUAACCUCGCAUCCACAUACCGGUACCAAGGUCGGUGGGAGGAAGCCGAGGAGCUAGAGGUGCAUGUACUUGCAACCUUCAACCAAUUGCUAGGGCCAAAGAAUCCCUCUACUCUGACCAUUAUGGCUAACCUCGCAACCACAUACCGAAACCGAGGUCGGUUGAAGGAAGCCGAAGGGCUAGAAUUGCAAGUAUUGGCAACUCGAAAAGAAGAAACACUCAGAACGCUUUAG